AUGGCCAAUACUGUGAAUGCUGCUUGGGGACUUGUCGGAAUUCCCUUGAUCGGCAAUACCGUGGCGUCAGUUGGAAGAAUUGCUAUAUGCAACAUUUCGCCCGGGCACUCUUUUUGCAACAACCGCAACCCUGCCGACGUGUUCAUGGAUCCCAACUCUGUCUAUCCUGAGGUAUCCAUCGCUCCCACGCCUGUCAUGAAAUGGCAAACCGUGACAUCGACCGAAACAGAGACGGAAACCCGAAGCCAACAAGAGGUCCGGUCAUACACUGCCACGCGCACCGAGACAGAAACGCGGCUGCGACUCAAGACUGUCACUCAGAUGCUGACCACAACCGAGACAACGACCGAGAAAGGUCCGACAGUCACCGACUGCACAUUGACAUCUUUUGACACUGUCUCUCCAUCUCGUGCCCCCGACAGCCACUCUUCUGCGAAUCAGAGUUCAGACGCCUGGAAGAGUCCCACGGUGUGGCUCAUCAUACUGACCAUGUUUCUCAUCGGCCUUUUUUUCGGAUGGCAAUCGGCUUUCCGCACAAAAUGGACAAGAACUGUCCCCGAACGCACCAGCAAGAAUGACAACGAACGCGAAUCCACCGCGGUUGAUGUCGAGUCCAAAGGACAGAAGGCCACUUCUUCCCAGCACCAUGACUGCACCGAUCAUAACUGCUCGAAGUGCCGAGAGUUUUGGGCUGAGAAGGGCGCCCACAACCUUGCCAAAGCGGCGGAUGGGUGUCAGCAAGAUGAGGAAACAGCAGCCAUCCUAGGCUGCCUAAGUCGCGUCUUCGACAACGCCGACCGCUGCCUGGACCGAAGAGAGCUGGCUGAUGAGCUCGCUACCGAGCUCAUACGUCUUGCCAACAAGAAUAAAACUCGCGCUGACGGACUACACUGCACAUCCGAGGACCAUACGAGGGGCUACCGAGUAUAUCAGUCGGUUGCCGGCAAGGAAGCGGCACAAUUCCUUAAGGACAAUACACCGAUUAUCGCGAAGACACUCCUGGCCGAUGUCCGUCCGUUUGUCAACAACACGAUCUUGCGCCACUGGACCAGCCGAUUUUCGCAGACUGCAACAGGUCUUGAGCAGUCUGCAGGUCACAUAUACGCGACAUGUCCAGAUGGCGUUCGGGACCCUGGUGUCAGACUUCAGCGAUUCACGCGAAGUCCUGACAGAUCUCGUCGACAUUCACCAAUUGCCAGCAACGACAGAACACGUCGGCCUAUCAGGUCGCUGUUGCCAUCCCGUCUGAUUGGUCGCAUGCACACAUGGACUGUCAAAGAGGUCGAAGAUGAUCUGCUCGAUUCUGGUGUGCCAAAGUCAUGGAUUGACAACCAUAGAGGUACCUUAAGGGCUAGCUUCCGGAAACACACAACCAAGGAGGCCGCCGUUUCAAGUCUCAGAGCUCUAUACCAAAAGUCCCCCCAGGCUAGAGACAGAAGUCAUGCUGCCAAUGAGACCCAUGUUGUGUCAGUACAGUCAAAGAAGAGUACUGAAGCGGUUUCGGGUAUUCCUAUCAUCAAGAUCGAUACACCCUCUGAGAAGACAACCGAUCAGCAAAGCCAGCAGCCUCAGCCUGACCCGAUUGAAGACAGCCCCAAACAGCAGCAGUUGACUACCUCUGGCAAAGACUCAGAUGAUAGCCCUUUGUUAAAGAAAUAUCCGGCGUGGGAACAAGCGGUCCGAGAGCUAAGUCUACAGCCUGAGCCCUUGCGUGAUUCUUCCACGUAUUCCACCUCUAAACCUGUCGAAGAUGAUCAUGCUGGCGAGGCUGAACCCCUGAGUAGCAUUUCUACAACCAAGCCGGAGAAAACACCCGCAAUCCUUGAGCCAUCUGCCAGCGCGACUGUUCCGGUCCAGGACGCCAGCAGUACGGUACCGAUCGCAGAGCAAGAUCUUGCAGUUGAGGUAUCGAUCAAUGUCCGCCAAGUUAGUCCUGCCACAAAAGCCGUCGAACAGGCCACGGACUCAAUCCGUAGGCCGUACCUGGAGUACAUUGGACCGGACCACGUCAGCUGCAUUUUCGGGCCUGAGAUUCAAGACUAUUACAACGCCGCUUUUCCAUGUGGUCAUGACAAGGUACAGGCUGAUGCAACGGAUAGACUAUGCGCACUCCAUGCGGCAGAUCUAUCCUUCAAAUAUCAAAUGGGUCAACAGCACGAGUCGGCAGCCUCUAUCACUAAAGAGCUCUUGCUGCAGAUCUUCCGCGACAACAACUACACUGCAGUCAAGCAAAAGCGCGGCGAGGAGAAUUCUGACACGCUCAAUGAGGAUCAGAUCGCAGACUUGGUUCAUAUUGCCGGAAGAGACCUGGGUUUGAACCUCGCCAUUGGCGUCAUCAGCCCUCCUGCUGCCGGCACCGCAUCGGUGCCGAACAUGAUUUACUGCUUCGAUUCUGCUACACGACCACUUCCGAGCGAUGUGUUGUGGUUAUACAAUGAUAAUUUCGAGAACCAUGGGGAAGCGCUCCCAAAUGGUCUAGUUCGGGUGAGCCAUUGGGAUGGCCUUCGUCCUCUCAGCGCGAAGGAAGUCAGCCAGCAGGAAAUCGCUCCUCUGGAGACCGUGGCUCAGGAGCCCGUUCCUCAGUACCAGGAAAUUAUCCCUCAGGAGAUCGUGCAGACGCAAGUCGGCCAAAACGAAGUCGACCAGAUUGACGCACAGCAGACUAAAGCCGAGCAGCCUAAGCUGACCAUCGAGGAGUUCGAUGGUCUUGAUCAGGAAUUAGCGGAGCAACAACACUACCAAGAGCUGCUGGAAAAUCGCUCUUUGUGGAACGGUGAACUUGCGGAGAUGUGGUUCCAACGAUCUUUUGAGCCACAAUAUCCACCGGUAGAGAUCAUACUUGAGCGGGACUCGAUGAGCGCGAUCGAGGCAGCUCAUGUCUCGAUCCAGAAUCAGAUUCCAGCCAUGUCUAACGUCACCUAUGAGGAGCUCAAAGAUAUUUUUGAGUCUCAAGCCUACAAAUCUGUUCUGCGCUAUCGGGGCGAGCCUGAGUUAGAAGAUCUCACUGCCGACCAGAUCGCAGACGUCGUGUAUCUCUGCGGUCUGAAUUAUGGAGUCAUACUCAGCACUGGGUUCUACCAUCCUCUUUCUACCAAUACGCAGCCAGUCGCGGCCAGUAUCAUCGCUUUCGAUCAGUCGGCCAACGAAUAUGUCUGGUUGAGCAAUGACUGCAACAAGACUCGCUGCGGCAAGAUUGUAGACCCCUCGGUCGUUACCCGCUGGAACGGCUUGCGAGGGCAGACUGCGGAAGAAAAAGAGCUUUCCGAUCUUAUGGGCUGGUCGGAUGGUGAUGAAGCUGCGGCAGAUGACGCCCCAUUAUAUGACCAGCCCGACGAUCUUGGUUUCCCGGCAGAUAACCAUGCAUCUCCCGGGCCGGUGUCGCAGGUUCCUCUAUCCAACGAGCAGGAAGAUACCGCGCCUACUAGGAGCUGCGGCUUGGGCGACUCAGUCCCUGCCAUCACAGGAACGGCUGUGGCCAUGGGCGCCCCCUCCCAAGAAUACGUGAUUUCUCCGCAGCAUAACACCCCGAACCCUGCUGGUGGUAACCCAGUAUUACCUGUAGUACCUGUUGCCUCAGGACUCGAUACGAUGGGAGACUUUUCGCCGGAAGACUUCCCGCCUCAGCCUUUAGAAGAAGGGCUUAGUCAAGAUACCACUGAUCAUUAUCAAGGACUGGAUCAUGGGGAGGCUAUGGAUCGGUUUGAGCACACUGGUUCCGCACGGGAGGCUUUUCUACCAGGCUUGACCGAGCAGAAUGGUCUUGUGGCCAGUGGGAAUUACGAGCAAUCCGAGGACUUUACUGAUAUGAUUGGUGUCGAGUCUAAUGGCUCUGCUCAAGAGGGUUGGAGAGCAUCGGAACCGCCUGAGCAGCUUCUCUCUGACAUCGCCGCCGUAUACGAAGAAGCCGAGGACGACAAUGACAUGAGUGGUCUCGAGCCUGCCAGCCUCGCUCAAGAAGCCAUGAAACCAGUUCAAGAACCGCCAUUGCCGGACAUUGGUUUACCUGCCAGUAUGCCCGGACCUGACCCUCUCCGGCAGCCUGCCAUGGGAGAUGAGUGGAUGGAUGGAAUAGAACAUGUGAGCACUGUUGAGCAGACGCGCUACGUUCUUACCCAGGUGCCUUCCGGUCCACAGUCUUUACCACCAGACAAAAUCGAACCGGACGACUACAGUAGUCACAAUGACGACGUGAAAGAGUUCGACAAUCUGAUCAUGCAAACCGCCGACGACAUCAUGGAGGCGUACUACAGUCAGCCAUUGGAGAUGGAGCCUGAGCGUAACGGGUGGCGGCCAAAGACCGCAAAUACCUCUGAUGAGCAGCAGCAGGAUCUGUUACACGCAUCGCCAGCUUUUCAGGAGCCUACCGCUUCAGGUGAUCCUAGUGCUUUAGUCGAGGGACAGGAUUCUGGACUGUCACCCGUGUUGUCUGUCUACGAUGGAGACGAGGACCCAGAGGACGUCUCUGAUGAGGAGAUAACCGACGCCAUUAGUGAUGUCGGGGAAUUCUCACCAACCAACGACUGGCAGGAGAACGACGCGGACUCGUUGCCUUCUAUGGCCAGCUCUCCCAUGGAAGCCCCCCGGACACUUCCACCAUCUUUUGUGCCUUUCGAUGACAUUGACCGCCACUACGUUGUGUCUCCAACAACAUGUCAGCGCAAUGAUGGGCAAGACCAAUUUGUGGAAGAUGAAGUUGUCUGGGAUGACGAUGAUGACAAUGAACCAGGCCCCCAUGGGCAGCCGGAGUUCUUGAGCACAGCGCCCGACUAUAGCGCCCCGCCAGACGACCCGAAUGCUCCCAAGCCGCUUCCUUACACGGGACCUUCUCCUGCAUACGUACCAAUGGAUUAUAAUCCGAAGGGUACCAAUCCUCCGCCGGCUGCCCAGCCCAGCCCUGGCCAAGGAGCGUCAUCAAGUACAGUGCUGCCGCUGCCCUCCAAAUAUCCCUUUCCUCAGCCCAAUUACGAUGACGAGGGUGACUCGAUCUCCGAUGAGCAAUCCAAGAUACAGGAUAGACCAACCAGUCCACGGAAGAUCGCCAAGCCUUUCUCACGAGCGUCACUGUUCGAGAAGAGUGGGAUCAACCCCUUAUCGCUCAUCGACACCAAGCCCACUCCGUCUCCAGUCGAGCCUUCCGCGCCGCCGCAAGCAGAAGUGCCUCGCCAGAAGGGCAAGCGUGGCCGUUCCCCUGAUGGAGGCAAAGCUGUCGAGAUUCGCAAAGCCAAGGAAGACCUAGACCCAGCAGUCACGCCUCCUCAGCGCGAUUUGAAGCGCAAGAAGGACUUGAUGGGUCAGAUGGCUCCGGCUCCUGAUGCUCCGGCCUCGGAUGCUGGAGUCUCUGAGAAGACUUCCAACGAGUCGCGUACAGACACGAAGGACUCGACCGAACGGAAUCACAACGAACUCGUUGCCGAAGCGAUGGCCAAGAUGGACAUGAAUGCCCCUGGGCCGGCCCCCGUCGGUUCGGCGUUGGAGCUCCGCGAUCGUAUGGCGAAGUUCACGUCCGAGCAGGGCAGGGCGCUCAAGAAGUUGGACGUCGACGUGACAAAAGCACAAAAGCGCGAGCAGAAUAAGCCGUCGAAGGAGCGAGACGGUGUGUUCUUGGCUCAUGGGAAAAUCAUCCUGAAGCGCGUCCACAAGGUCGUCGGGCUUGUUGAGGACCUGGUGGAUGAGUGGGAUGAGGUUCACGAGGAUGUGCGGCCAAGCUGGUUCGGCACGGAGUUUCGGCGGAGGCAGAUUGCGAUGCUAGUGGCGGCUCUUGAACUGAUGGCGCAGUUCGCCUCGAUGGAGAGGAGGGCCGUGACGUACCUCGCGUGGAAGAACAAGGUGCGGGUGCAAUGGGAGGCUUGCGAGGAAUUGUGGACCGCCAUUGGCACGGUUCCCGAGAAAUCAAAGAAGGGGCUGGCCAAGUGGGACGGUGUCCAGACGCUGCUGAAGGACGGCCAGUUAGCCUAUGAGCAGCUGGACGCAGGGCAGACAGAGAUGCAGAAGCAGGCGGACGAGGAGGCCAGGCAAAAGGCCAUACGAGAAGCCGAGGAGGAGGGUCUCAGCGACAUUGAUGCGGAGAUCCUCGGCUUGGGAGUGGGGAAUGAGGAGCAGGAGAGGCAGGAAGAGGAGUUCUCAAGGUGGAGGAAGGAGGUUCCGGAGCGCGAUCGUGUGAAGACGAGGGCAGAGGUUGAAGGUCAGGAGAGACGGCUGAAAGGGAAGGCGAAGGGGAAGAAGGAUAGCAAGAUCAAAGAUUAUGCGAAUGCUUUCCAACGAUGA